AAAACACCUUUCAGAAGCAGAAGCUGUAAAUUAUGAGAGUGCUUCUCACCCUUCUGCUUUUCAGCAUCUUCGCAUUCUCAACAUGUAACGAAGAAGAACAGGUUUAUUGCGACGAGAUGUGUCCGUACUUCAAGAAAUUGCAUCCUGAUGAAAAGAUUUCCUAUAAGGAAAUAAAGAAGGAAUGCAAGAAAGGCAUUAAAGAAAUAGAAAAAUCUUGUGCCGCACUUCUGAAACUUGAUAAAAAGGAAGUAAAAGAAGGAAAAAAGGUCUACGAGAAGCUCACAUGGAACCAAGCCUGUUCCAAGUUCUGCAAAGUGUAAUGAGUUUGACAAUUUGAAAACGUUGGUUCUAUUUUCCCUAAAUAAAUGCUGCGUUAAA